AUAUUUGUUUACAGUAAGAAAUUUUUUUUCUGAUCCUCCUGAUCAAGGCAUGUAUAUCUGUCCACUGAUCCCGAAUCAUCAACUUAUGAACCGAGAUCCAUGUCCCUGUAUGACAUUAUGAUGGAUCUUUCCAAUUUUACAUCAAUAUUUAAGGAAGAAGGCAACACCAAGUUUGCUAACUGGUGCGCAGCACAAAAAUUUGACUUCUUACGCACUAAAAUCAAAAGGAAUCGCGGGGAUUCAAAUCAUAGGACAUCGCAAAGACAGAUAUACGUGUUAAAGGACGGCUUUAAAUGUAAUAAUCAUUAUCAUAUUGUAGAUGGUUUAUUGAAAGAGAUAGUCGAAAUACGCCAAACAGCAAUUUAUAUUGUAGUUUGGCUCCUUUCAAACUCCGCGCGCGAGUGCGACGAUCAUUUUGAUGCAUGUCCGAUGGACGGCUACUGUAUUUUAGGUUACUGUCGUAAAUCCAGGACCACAAGCUGUAAAGAUGAAGUUACAAAGUCACUACAAAAUAUGAUUACCGGUUUAAGAAGCAGGUCUUUAGUCGAACAUGUAUAUGUCAGUGCUAGCUGCAAUGCUAAGACUCCCAUUAGCAGACGAGAUAUCAAAAAGAAUCUGAUCUUGAACGAGCUAUCAGGAGUUAAUGGUGACGCACAAGAUAUGAUUAAGGAAUUAGCAAAGAAGAAUAAAGUAUGCUUAGUUGUCAUUGAUUCGGCGGGUUUGACUACAAACAUGAGCGAUCUUGAACUAUUUUUACGUGAGCAUGAAAAUUUAAAAAAAAUUAUUAUUGACACACUUGCACACGACAAUCAAGUACAUGUUGUUGAAUGCGCUGAAGAAAUUGUAAAGGUAAAAUCUUUAUUCAGAUUCGAUGGCCGACAAACCUUAAAUCAUCGUUCCAAGAUGUUACCCUUGUGUUAAAACCACAUAAUAAAUGCUACUGUCUACAAAAGAAAAGAUGCUUCACGGAUAAAAGGUCGGGAAUACUAAAUUAAGAGUU